GAUGCAACCGGCAGAGAUAUGACGACGGCCUUCUUCAGGUGCUCCGGGAGUGUUUUCACCAAGGUACGGCAGCACAAGGCCGGCACAUCUGCGGGCAGCGCGGUGGGUUUGCUCAGGAAGGGCUGCGCACGUCCCCACGUGCAGCAUGGGGGACGGGGAUGGGGAGCGCCGUUCUGGUUUGCUUCUUCCCAAGCAGCGUUCAGAGCUGCGAUCUCAGUCAGUCGCCCCACUGUUGAGGCACUGAGGGGUGUGACGCAGCAGCAGGGCUCGGUAGGUCCGGUGGAUGUUUGGCCCUGGUGAUCUUGAAGGUCUUUUCCAACCUGAGCGGCUCUGGGAUUCUGCGAUAAAAUUGUGGAGAAACAAAGGGUCUUCCCUUUCCCUGCCUCGGCAGCAGUAAGCCCUGUUGAGAGGGACAUAGUCUGUCAAACAUUGACCACCUGUGCUCUCAGCCAAGCCUUAACUUUCUCUGUGAUGUCCAGUCCUGACCUUACCGCUUAGUUGAUUCUCCUUUCCUUAUCCUUUUUCCUUAUAUUCUAUAAGUACUUUGGAUUUCUGUUAUAGAACACUCAAACUCGUAAAGUACAUCAAAAUAUCUGUCUGAGAGAUUUGCAUGCGUGCUUUUGAGAAUUCUAAGGCACAGGUGGUGUGAUGACUUUACUGUCUUACCUAUAUCCUGCCUGGGGGAGCCCUUCACAAGAAGGUGACCUAUGAAAUGAGGAUCCUGAAGUGCAGCCACAGCUGCCCUGUGCAUCCACAGCUGCUUUGUAUCCCUAUGAAGCAGCAUUCUUACUAAACACUCUGACUGCAGUGCGUUAAUUGUUGUAGUGGCUGCAGUAAUUCUCCAGUCUGAGAGCCUGCGUAGCAGUUUCCCAAAUGGUAGUAUAUACAAAAGCUAUAGUUGCUCCAUUGAAAUCCUCUGGAAGUAAGACAGUGCUUCUUUUGGGUAGGAAAACAAUGCCGAAGAUGAAGUAAUAGACAGGAGGUCUACAGCUCUCUAAGCAAAAGCCACUAUGCGUUGUGUGGGCAGCCUCUCCAGUGAGGCCUGCAGUCUGUGUGCUGGGAGGGAACUCAGCCUUUUCCAUCCUGUUCCCCAGUAACAUCUGGGGACAUCUCUCCCGGGUGUCCUUAGGUCUUCAGCACCCACUUUGUCUGUGGUAGAAGUCUGGGGCAUAUGUAGAGAAAUUUUAUCUUGCUGUUGGCAGCAUGAACUUCAUGGGAAGAGAAAAGGAUGUGUGUUUUUCAAGGGUUGAAUGGAAGCAUUGCCCUGAGAAGUCUCAGAGGAGCCAUAGAGAGGGUGGAUUGAGAAUGCGGCCUGCAGACUUUGUUCUUUGUCAGUUUGAGUGGGAAGAAGUUGGGAAAUGGAAUCGUGUAGGUAUCGUUUCUUUUGGGGCAGCAGCUUGGUGUGAAAGCCACUUCUGCUUUUCCUUCUCACACUUCUGGGGAAAUGAGGAACUGUGUGUCUCUUCAGGAGAAGAGUGAAGGGCAACAAACACCCUACGUUCCAGGGCUUGAAUUCUUCCCUGUUGGGAGGCUCAGUUUUGCUUUUGGUUUCUGUAUCUUUUCUUCUUCAUUUUUUUUUUAGCUCAUUUUUACAGGUUUUAUUAUUUUAUUUAAGCUUCAUUUUGUUAAUUGUUUUUUGAAUAAAGCAUAGAGAAAGGAUGAGCAUGAAUGGAUGUCCUACUUGCAUCUCACUGGGGCUACAUAUGUUUAUGUCCCAGCAAAUACUCACAACGCAUCUUAGAUUCUGUGUCUUCAGCCCUUUGCAUCAGCCUUGCCUGGGGGUUAGGCUUUAAAAUAAUCUGAGGAUUCUCUGCAAAAGGGAAAGAAUCCUCAAUACAUUUCCCUCUUACUCAAAAAUGUUGGACCCAUUUUCUGACCAGGUGUUCCAAAAUACUCAUCUUUGGAUAGAGAAAAUGCCAGGGUAUUUCAGCUUCAGCUUUGUGUUCAGAAACACAAACUUAUCCCUCAACUCACAGCUUAAGUGGCCAAGGAAUAGUUAUUGGAGUGGCUUUCGAGGUGCUUUGCAGUAUUGUAGGAAGUGUCCACUGGGAUUAUAUGAUUCCUGUAAACAGCAAAGUAAGACUUUGCUUAUAAUUUUUGGUAUUCUAAUUGUAGCAUUACCAGCCUUUUUUUUUUAAUCUCUAUAGAAAUGUUUGCUUGUCUUGUAAGUGGAAGCUCUGAGGAAUGAAAAGGAAGCGAUGAGGUGAUCCUAUUCAUUUUGAUCUGCUCUUAACACUUAUGAGAACUAUAAACAAACACGGUGGCACUUCCUCAUGCUCCCCAAGGCAAAAUUUCAGUGGUCUUGUCUGCCACACACUUGCCCUGCAGAGUGGCUUCCUGCCUCCCGCAGGCCGACUGACAUCUUGUAUCAAGCUUGCUUAAUAAGGCUUACUACAAAGUAUGAUGCCUGCUUUUGGAUAAUCCUUGUUCUCAGCUGUUUUGCACAGUGUCAGAAUUGUUGAAUAUUCUCGAUUGGCUAUUGCAUAGCUGCUUGCCGUUGUUUAGGGCUUUGAUGUGGCUUUGGAAAGAUGUGAUUCUCUUGAAGAAUCAGAUCUCUAGAAUAUUGGUUUCAGGCUAAUGAAUCGAACCUAACCCUGCUGCAGAUAGCAAGGGGAAAGCCUGUGCUGGGAAGCUUGCUGCUGACACAGAUCACCAUGACUUUCUGUCUGACUCCUUUGGGGAAGUCAGAACCGUAGUGUUACUGUUUUUGCUCGGUGUAUUCCUGCCUCUCCUCAAAAUGUCACCACUCCACAGCCUCUGCCUUUGAGAGGCUUCUAGCUGGAGUGCCUGCUGGGGCCGCUUGAUCUGCGUUCAGCUGUACGUACCUCUGCAGAGCUGGAUGAGAUGCUCUGCUCUCACCAUUUUCCAGGAGGCGGUGCGCACUGUAAUGCUGAUGCCUGAAAAACAGAGUACAAAGAGAUUUCGCUGCCUUCGUUUGUGAUAGGGUGGGCAAAUAACCACGAGGCCUUUUCUUGUCUGACGUACAUUUUGUUUUAUUACUUUCUUAAUUUUUUUCUGAAUGAGUCUGCUGCUCCUGGCACUGAGGAACUUGACGCAUACUGACCUAAAUAGCUGUAGGAAAGUCUGUUCCUCCCGUGCAGAAGCUGCCUUCUGACUUGAAAUUAGUGCUCUUCCUUGGGAAAGUAGGUUUCCAGAUGAGAAGAAAUGCAUUUGGUACGUUGGCUAUAGCACAGAUGUUCCAUUUAAUUUGUUUCAUUUAGUACCUGAGGAACUGUGAAAUAACAGCUUCUGAGAUGGUUUGUCCAUAGGGAGGUACCUCUCUCUCAAACUUCUAACAAAGUGUGUACACUUGUGUAUUAUUCUGAAUCAUUAGUGAGGACAUGCACUCACAACCAUAGACUGUUCAGUGAGAGGGGCUUCUGGGGAUAACAUUUAUCAGCGAUUUCAAAAGAAACCAGUACAAAGUAUCACGGUAUGAACAUCAGGUGCUGUUUUGCCCUGGCCUUGUAGGCCACCUGCAGUGCUUUCCCUAAGUCAGAUUCCUUUUCUCUUGCCUGUUUCCCCACCUGAGGGAAGCUCUGUGAGAUGGCAUCCUGCUCUUGCUUUUAUACAGUCCGUGGCUCAGCUCAGCACAGCCCAAGGAGAUGCAGAACAUGCUGGAUUGUGACAGCACGUCUGGGUAUGAGUGAAGCUGACAGCUGAUACGUGGCUUCCUUGUCAGGCUGCUUUCAUCCCCAUGAAGCUAAUCUGGAUGGUCACCACUUGUGAGGGAAGGUGUACCUUCAGUCCAGGAGGGUGAGAUUAGGGAUACUAUUAGAAGAUGUGUGGAGUGGGCUGAGGUACCCGUGUGUGUCUGACUAGAAAUACGUGCCUAUUUAUUGGGCUUUCAGGAGGGCCAGGCUGACACAGGCUCCUCUCCAAGAUGCAUAAGGAAGUGAGCUGUUGGAAGGCAUAGCAAACAUGGAUGAUUUGGCAUGGGGACAUGUUACAGCUGUCCUCUGACUCCAGCCUUGCCACCUCCCUGAAAAUCUACUGCUUGCUCUAAAAGCCCAGGAUGUAAAUAGGUAUUCAGAAAGAGCUUGAGUUAGUAGAACGGUUUCCACUGCCUUACCCUUAUUCUUUGAAACCACUCAAAGCUUUUAGCUGAAAGCUAACUCUCUUGGCUCCCUCACUGAAUGAGAUGUCUGUCUUGAGGUACAGGGGCAAGCGUGGAAAUCUCAGUCCAAGGAAUUAGCUGGUUGAAGGAAAUAGCUUGCAUUAGUCCAGGCUGCUACACAUUGUCUUACAAAGGUGGUUUGUACUUAACUCCUAGGAUGGCUUUCUUGUUCCAAGGUUAAAUCCUGAGUUAACAAAGAGCUGUGUAAUAAUGGAGUGGAAAACCUAGACUUCUGGGGACAGAGCAAAUACACUGACUGGGACCAAUAAGAGGCACACUGCUGGGUCGCAGAAACAGUCCCUGCUGCUUUCUUCCCUUUCAGUUAUACUUCAGGUAUCCUUUUCCUUAGGCAGCAUCUCCAGUAUUUAUGACUUCUGGAAAUGAAAAGUUUUGCUUUAACUUGAAUUGUGAGCAGCUUCUGAUGGUUUUCUAUCCCAAAGGGUGUUAAUUAGCCAGAGCAGCACUUGAAAAUGUUUUGAUUCUGCUCUGUAGUUGCCAGAUAAAGCGAUGGAAGGCAGCAGUGGCUGUAAUGUGGCAUUCAGUCUCAAAGAGAAACUCAACUCACCUCUGGGAGCAGAGCAUACCAGUCAGAGGUACCCAGUGGUGCUAUCUGAGUGUCUCUCAUCUUGAGCGAUGUGGAGCACUUAAAGGAGAGCUUGCUUGGUGUUGUGUGGUUAGCUUGAAGCCCCGGGUUCUUUCCUGGGUGCAUAGUGUCUCCUCUCAGUUGUUACUGUCUUCAUGGCCAAAAUGGUUUGGAGAGCAGGCUCUUUGAAUUGGUUAGGUAUCUGGAGUUAAUAAGUUCCCAGGUGCACCGUGUAGCACCAGCUGACGGAUCAAAACUGCCAGCUCAAGUUGAAGCUACUGUUAGCAGGCUAGAUUUACUUUCAUUUGGGAGGUAGUGUGUAGAUAAAGGGGAAACUACAAAUUCCUUCCACGUCCUUGCAGAAAUUGUGCUGGCUUCAUACAUUCUAAUUUGUGUUGUUUGUACACAUUAAGGCUUUGCAAACCCAAGUGUGAGCAUGCGAAGAUUCCUAGUAGGAACAAUUAACCCACAUAAAGCAGUCACCUUAAGUAACAAAUAAAAAUUGCUUCACAGUGCUAAUGGAAAGCUGCCAAAAAUGAGGAGACCUGAGAGUGAAGUUAACCAUGGGUAGGUGAGGUUCAGUUUGCCUACUGUCAUGUAGUGUGUGUACUGGAUGCUUCAACUCUUACCGUAUCGGUAACAGCAUGAGCAGCCCUUAGAAUAUGGAGAGGCAGUUUCUGAGGAACUUCAUGCAAAUAUUAAGAAUUCUAAAAAAAAAACAAGCCCAACCAACAGGUGCACGAGAGCUACAGCCAUCCUGUGCAAUUAAUUGUGAGUAACACUCAGUCGUGUUGUUUGUUGUGCUCUUCUUUUAACUACUGAGAGCUUCGUGGUGAAACUGAAGUCACGGAGGAGUCAUCACGGAACUGCUUAGAGCUGAUGUGGUGAAGCUUUUAUCAAGUGGUGAUUUUAUGCAAUGGCAUCAAGCCACAGUUCUUCACCAGUGCCUCAGCCAAACAGCAGCGAUGCUUUCUUUAAAAAGGAAAAGGAUGUUGCAAAACGCUUCCAACCCGUGCAGUCACUGCCUGAUGUGUGUCCCAAGGAGCCCACAGGCGAUCCCAGUAGUUUAUGUGACAGCCCGUCUCUAGUUGCGGAUCAGCACAGAUGGACUAUUUAUCAUUCCAAAGUCAAUCUCCCAGCAGCACUAAAUGAUCCUAGGUUAGCAAAAAGGGAAUCUGAUUUCUUUACAAAAACAUGGGGAGUGGACUUUGUGGACACUGAAGUCACGCCUUCAUUCUACCUCCCACAGAUCACCAAGGAACAUUUUGCAUCAUACCAACAGGAAAUCGCUCCGAGAGAGAAAGUUCAUGAAAGAUGCAAGAAUAUUUGUCCUUCUAAAGAUACCUUUGACAGGACUCUACUACACACCUAUGAUAAAUCCAGGACAGAUCUGGAACAAGUACCUAAGAUUUUUAUGAAACCCGAUUUUGCCUUGGAAGAUUCCUUAACGUUUAAUGCCGUUUUACCAUGGUCUCAUUUUAGUACUGCUGGUGGGAAAGGAAAUCGUGAUGCAGCUUCCUCCAAGUUACUUCAAGAAAAGCUGAGCCAUUAUCUGGACAUUGUGGAAGUCAAUAUUGCUCAUCAGAUUUCUCUGCGCUCUGAAGCAUUUUUUCAUGCAAUGACCUCUCAGCAUGAGUUACAGGACUACCUCAGGAAAACCUCCCAGGCUGUAAAAUUACUUAGAGAGAAAAUCUCCAAAAUUGAUAAAGUAAUGUGCGAAGGCUCUCUUCGAGUUUUAAGACUGUCACUCACCAGAAAUAACUGUAUAAAAGCGUACAAUAAGCUGAAGUUAAUGGCUACUGUACACCAAACGCAGCCCACAGUACAGUUGCUACUGUCUACUUCUGAGUUUGUUGGAGCUUUGGACUUGAUAGCAACAACACAGGAGGUGUUGCAGCAGGAACUUCAAGGCAUUCACAGUUUCCGGCACCUUGGCUCACAGCUCUGUGAACUGGAAAAGCUGAUAGACAAAAUGAUGAUUGCAGAGUUUUCAACUUACGCUCGCAAUGAUUUAAAUAGACCCCUAGAAGAUGAUUGCCAAAUUCUAGAAGAGGAGAGACUUGUAUCACUAGUAUUUGGACUUUUAAAGCAAAGGAAGCUAAAUUUUUAUGAAAUAUAUGGAGAUGAAAUGAUUAUUACUGCAAAGAACAUAAUAAAACAGUGUGUGGUUAAUACGGUAUCGCAGAUAGAAGAAAUAGAUACAGAAGUGGUUGUUAAGCUUGCAGACCAGAUAAGAAUGAUGAAUUUUCCUCAAUGGUUUGAUUUAUUGAAGGAUAUUUUUUCUAAGUUUACUAUCUUCCUCAAGAGAAUAAAGGCAACGUUAAAUACUAUCCGUAGCGUGGUUCUCUUGGUUCUAGACAAGAACCAAAGAACCAGAGACCUGGAGGACACCUUGCAAAAGAACUCUGUGAAAGACAGUCCCGUGGACACAGAAGUGGCUUACCUGACUCACGAAGGCAUGUUUAUAAGCGACGCGUUCGGCGAGGGGGACCUCUCACUUGUAGCAGCUGACACUACCUCUCAGAGAAACACUUCUCCCAACAGCGAGCCCUGUAGCAGUGAUUCAGUCUCUGAACCAGAGUGCACUACCGACUCUUCAUCCAGCAAAGAGCCAUCGUCUGUUACUCCAGGAGGAGUGGAGAUGAUGAUCAGUGAUGACAUGAAGUUGACUGAACUGGAACUGGGCAGGCUGGCAAAUAAUAUUCAAGAGUUGUUGUAUAAUGCUUCUGAUAUCUGCCAUGAUCGUUCAGUCAAGCUCCUCAUGGCAAGAGCAAAGGGUGGCUUCCUAGAGAAGCUGAAUUCCAAUGAGUUCGUUGCUCUUUCUCGCUUGAUGGAAGGCUUUAUCUUAGAUACUGAGCAGAUCUGCGGCAGAAAAAGUAUGUCCUUGCGAGGAGCACUUCAAAGUCAAGCCAAUAAAUUUGUGAAUAGGUUCCAUGAGGAGAGGAAGACAAAGUUAAGCCUACUCUUGGACAAUGAGCGCUGGAAGCAAGCUGAAGUUCCUGCUGAGUUUCAGGAUCUUGUCGAUUCUGUGUCAGAUGGCAGAAUUUCUCUCCCUGAAAAAAAACCAACAGGUACUGAAGAGAGGAAGCCAACUGAAUUCCUUAUUGUUGAAGGACAAAAAUAUGCAACAGUUGGGACAGUAUUGCUGUUAAUAAGAAUAAUCCUCGAGUACUGCCAGUGCGUGGAUAACAUUCCUUCCAUCACCACCGACAUGCUCACCCGCCUGUCUGAUUUACUGAAGUAUUUCAACUCUCGAAGUUGCCAGCUGGUGCUUGGAGCCGGUGCAUUACAGGUUGUGGGAUUGAAAACAAUCACUACAAAAAAUCUAGCCCUUUCUUCACGUUGCCUACAGCUAAUCGUACACUACAUUCCUAUUAUCAGGGCUCAUUUUGAAGCUCGGCUGCAGCCAAAGCAGUUUAGCAUGCUCAGGCACUUUGACCACAUUACAAAGGAUUAUCACGACCACAUAGCUGAAAUCUCAGCAAAGCUCGUUGCCAUAAUGGAUAGCUUAUUUGACAAACUGUUAUCCAAGUAUGAAGUGAAAGCUCCCGUUCCUUCAGCAUGCUUCAGGAAUAUCUGCAAGCAAAUGGCAAAGAUGCAUGAAGCUAUAUACGACCUUCUUCCCGAGGAACAAACUCAGAUGUUGUUUUUAAGAAUUAAUGCAAGCUACAAACUUCAUCUGAAGAGGCAGCUGGCCCAUCUAAAUGUAGUCAAUGAUGGAGGACCUCAGAAUGGACUGGUUACAUCAGAUGUAGCUUUCUACACUGGAAACCUUCAAGCUCUGAAAGGCCUUAACAACUUAGACCUAAACAUGGCUGAAAUUUGGGAGCAGAAGAGGUGAUAAUCCACUGGGAGCAGUCGCUUGGCUCUGACAACAGACCGACUUUCUUCUAAGAAGCGUGACGACUGUGAGGUGAAUACUGAAGAACAGAGUCCAAGAAAGGACACUAUUGAUAGCCGGGGAAACGAGGCUCAGAGUGAGCUGCAGGGAGUGCUCUUUCGGUGUCCUUCAGCAAGAAACAAGUGAUCAGCUGUCUGUGCAAUGUUUUUCGUUCUCUCUGGAAACAGACUCAGGUUUCUUUGGACCAAAUCCAAAAGAACACAUAGCUGUAACACAGCUGUAGUUGUCUAGAAUGCUCUGUAUAUCUUUAUAUUAAAAAGAUGCUUUGCAUUUCUUCUAGUGCAAUGGAAUUCACACGGUGUCCCACCUUAUUUAAUGAUGGUACAACAUAAAAAAAAAAAAAAGAAAAUCUCGCAGUUGGAACUCUGUAGAAAAUGUUUUUCUCUAUAAAACUAUACUGUUCCAAAAUUUAUUUUUUUACAGAACUUUAUAUGAAUAAAUGUCUUUUGCUUGCA